UACAUAAAUCAGUUUUAUUUUAUCUCUGGUAAAACAUUCAAUCAAGUUAUUUAAGCUCUUUCCUCAUAAAAAGAUCUGUGACUUGAUGUGACCAACUUUGCGCCAUAAAAUUCCAACCACAGAGACUAGCUUAGCCGCGUCAUAAUUUUUUUGAAUGCGAAGCUUUUGGAAGAAAAGCCAGAACCACGCUCUGCAACACCUGAAAACAAUAAGCGGGAACUAUAAUCUGAGACAAUCACAUGAUUUCAGUUUUCAAGUUCAAUGCGCAAGCCAAACAACACCCAAACCCCAAAUCCUAGACAGAGACCCACACAUUGUGAAAUGUACCAAUUCAAUUUCUACUCACAUGCGCAAUGGCCACUGCCACUUGGCUCUCCGUGUUUUCGACGCCAUGCCUUACAGGAACUUGUUUUCCUGGAACUUAAUGCUUACUGGGUAUGUCAAAAACCACAGACUCAGUGAUGCUCGCAACUUGUUUGAUUUAAUGCCUCAUAAGGAUAUUGUUUCAUGGAAUACCAUGCUGUCUGGUUAUGUCCGGAGUGGGUGCGUUGACGAGGCUAAACUAGUUUUUGAUAACAUGCCUUAUAAGGAUUCCAUCUCUUGGAAUGGAUUGCUUGCUGUGUAUGUUCAGAAUGGGAGACUCGAGGAGGCCCGUCGGUUGUUUGAGUCGAAGCGGGAUUGGGAAGUUAUUUCAUGGAAUUGUUUGAUGGGUGGGUAUGUGAAGAGGAAGAUGUUAGAUGAUGCUAGGCAGCUUUUUUAUCAUAUGCCUGUUAGGGAUGUAAUCUCUUGGAAUACCAUGAUUUCGGGUUAUGCACGGGAUGGAGAUUUGUUUCAAGCUAGGAGAUUGUUUGAGGAGUCUCCGGUACGGGAUGUUUUCACGUGGACAGCAAUGGUGUAUGCUUAUGUGCAGAAUGGAAUGUUGGAUGAAGCGAGAAGGAUUUUUGAUGAAAUGCCGGGAAAAAGUGACAUGACUUACAAUGUGAUGAUUGCAGGUUAUGUGCAAUGCAAGAAAAUGGAAAUGGCAAGGGAAUUGUUUGAGGCAAUGCCUUGUCGGAAUGUGGGUUCAUGGAAUAUCAUUAUCAGUGGCUAUGGUCAGAACAACGAAAUUGUUCAAGCUAGGAAAUUAUUUGACAUGAUGCCUCAGCGUGAUUGUGUAUCUUGGGCAGCAAUUAUUGCUGGUUAUGCUCAGACUGGUUACUACGAAGAAGCUAUGGACAUGCUUGUGGAGAUGAAACGGGAUGGAAAAAGUUUAAACAGAUCUACAUUUUGUUGUGCUCUGAGCAUAUGUGCUAAUAUGGCUUCUUUGGUGUUAGGGAAACAAGUUCACGGGCAGGUGGUGAAGACAGGGUAUGAUAAUGGGUGUUUGGUGGGAAAUGCACUUCUUGAUAUGUAUUGUAAAUGUGGCAGCAUAGGUAAAGCCUAUGAUGUGUUUGAAGGAAUACAGCAGAAAGAUAUCAUCUCUUGGAACACAAUGUUAGCUGGUUAUGCUAGGCAUGGAUUUGGCAGACAGGCUUUAUUGGUGUUUGAUUCAAUGAAGAUAGCAGGUUUUAUACCUGACGAAAUUACCAUGGUUGGCGUUCUUUCGGCUUGCAGUCAUACUGGCAUGACUGAUAGGGGAACUGAAUAUUUUUAUGCAAUGAAUAAAGCUUAUGGCAUAGCACCAAAUUCAAAACAUUAUAACUGUAUGAUUGAUCUUCUUGGUAGAGCUGGACGCCUUGAAGAAGCACAUAACUUAAUGAAAAACAUGCCUUUUGAGCCAGACGCUGCAACCUGGGGAGCUCUACUAGGUGCAAGCCGGAUUCAUGGCUAUACUGAACUGGGUGAGAAGGCUGCUGAGAUGCUUUUUAAUAUGGAACCCCAUAAUGUGGGAAUGUAUGUCCUUCUUUCAAAUUUAUAUGCAGGUUUAGGCAAAUGGGUUGAUGUUGGCAAGCUUAGAUUAAAAAUGAGACAACUUGGUAUUCAGAAAAUACCCGGAUAUAGUUGGGUUGAGGUACAAACUAAGAUUCAUACAUUCACAGUUGGUGAUUGUUCGCACCCGGAAAAAGAUAGAAUCUAUGCUUACUUAGAAGAGUUAGAUCUAAAACUGAAGCAAGAGGGACAUGUUCCUUUGGUAAAAUUGGUUCUGCAUGAUGUAGAAGAGGAAGAGAAGAAGCGAAUGCUCAAGUAUCACAGUGAGAAAUUAGCUGUGGCAUUUGGAAUUUUGACCAUACCCGCUGAUAGACCAAUACGUGUCAUGAAAAACUUGCGCGUGUGUGAAGACUGUCAUAAUGCCAUCAAGCAUAUAUCCAAAAUUGUUGGAAGAUUGAUAAUCUUAAGGGAUUCUCAUCGCUUUCAUUACUUCAGUGAUGGUAUUUGUUCUUGUGGGGAUUACUGGUGAGUGGAGAAAUAUGGUAAAAAUUAACCCAAAUAAUAUGCAAGUAUAGAUUGUGAAAUUCGGAGACGUAUAUCACCUAUACUGUCAUAAUAUGCAAGUAUAGGUGCAUGGUGAUCAAGUUUGGAAGAAGCUUUGAUACUUGAAUGGCCAUCCUAUAGACAGAACGUUUCUGUCGAAAAAUAUGCAUCAUGGCCUUCCAACAAAUUUGUUCCGAGCUUGUGGAUGCAUGACUGAUGGUAACCUCUGUCUUUUAUGUGCUAAGUGGUGGUGGCGAGGAAUUGGAGAAUGUACUUCAAGAUUAAAAGAUUUGAAUCUCUAACGUUAAUAUCCAUGCUCAAAAAAAGAGUAAAAACACAUUUGUUCAAAAACACAUUUGUUCAAAAAAUAUAUUGUAUAGUAAAUUAUCUUGUAUAGUAUCGGCGACAUAAUUAUGGUGUUGUAAGAAAAAAAAUCCGUGCACUA